AAAUACAUUUGUUUGCAGAGUCACUUUCUUGGAAAAAGACAGUUAAUCAAGAAUCGCUGGAUGCUGGCAUAUAUGUCAGUUUUGCUUACCUCAUUUCUGGAUGUGUUUGUCAGCCUUAGUUUUGGAUGCCAGGAGGUUGUCAGAAUACGACGUAUCCUAAGGCCUUUCUUCUUACUGCAGAACUCAUCAUUGAUGAAGAAAUUGUUAAGAGCAAUAAAAAGAACUCUUCCUGAAAUUAUGAGUGUGCUUUUUCUUCUUUUCCUCCACCUAAUUUUCUUCACCAUGUUUGGGAUGUUUCUCUUCCCUAGAGAUAAUGUUCUGGAUAACUCUAACAAUGAGACAAAAACAUUGAUUGAGGAAUGUAGUAGCAAUACCUCUGACAGUGGUUCCAUAUGUGAAGGGGCAAAAUACUUCAAGAGUUUAUCAGUAUCAUUGAGAAGUUUAUUUGUACUACUAACAACAGCUAAUAACCCAGAUGUGAUGAUGCCAGCUUACAUGAAAAACCGAUUUUAUGCCAUCUACUUCUUCCUCUUCACUGGAAUUGGGCUUUACUGCUUCUUGAACUUGUUAACAGCUGUUGUCUAUAAUCAGUUCAGAGGAUACUUGAUGAAAUCCCUUCAGUCCAGUCUGUUCCGCAGAAGACUGGGUGUUCGAGCUGCGUUUGAAAUGUUGUGCCAUGUUAGCAUCCCUGACAAUGAUGCUAUAUUUCUGCCAACGAGUUUUGUCACUAAGGAGAAUGUUCGUCGAGUUAUCGACAAAGCCAAGUUAGGCAAACGAAACAAACAGCUCCUGAGAGAGGCAUUGGUUAGCAACACCACCGGUCGAUAUGAUGCUAAAGAGUUCCAAGAUUUGUUUGAUGUGCUUGAAAAGCGUGCCAGGYAUCGAUACAGACCUCCAAUGAGUUUCGUUGGUAACCAAUUUGUUAGGCAAUUCCAAGUCAUUGUAGCGCAUACUGUUUUUGACUAUUUUGGUGACUUCAUGGCAGGAGUCAAUGUCGUUAUUGUGUCUGUGAUGCUUGAUGUUCAUUACGACAGUUCUGUCAAGUCUAGUCAUUCUGCUCUUUCGAGUGUCAACUUCUUUUUUGUGUUGUACUACCUUUUUGAACAGAGUACAAAACUUUGGGCCCUCGGAUGGCAAAGAUACAUUUCUUUCAAGGGUAACCUGUACUGUGGGGUUGUCACUGUUCUUCUAGUGAUGGUUGAAGUCAUUAUCAUCAUUCUACAUGGUCCUCCUUUUGGCAACUCGACGAGCACAAAUGAUGGAUAUUCCCUAGAUGACUUACCAUCUAUGGCUAAUCUCAUACGCAUCACCAAUAUGCUGAUUAUUUUCCGACUGCUAAGGAUAAUACCAAAUAUUAAGGCGUUGUCUUUGAUAGCUGAGACGUUAAUGAAUCUUUUGCGUAACCUCACGCCUUUCGCUGGUCUCAUAGUGGCCAUUUAUUAUAUCUUCGCUAUUUUGGGAAUGAUGUUGUUUGCAAACGUGACAGAUCCUAACACAAGAUGUGCCUUAAAGGAAAACUCUACAGCUACGCCUUGUACGGAAUUGGACUUCGACAUUCUACAGUACUAUGCGAAUAAUUUUAACGACUUUGCAGCUUCUCUUGUUCUUUUGUGGGAUAUCAUGGUGGUAAAUAACUGGCAUGUUUUUCUCAAGGCCUACGCAAAACUUGUCAACAGUUGGGCUCAACUGUACUUCCUGGCCUGGUAUCUGGUGUCAGUUAUCCUCAGCAUCAACUUGUUUGUCGCGCUUAUCCUGGAAGCAUUCGUUAACCAAUGGGAAAAAAGGCAACAGAAACGCAGGCAAUCAGUGAACACACAGAUACAAGAUGACCGUGAUGAUCCACGAUUUCAUCAACUGUUUAGUACAGGACUGGACGAGCCACUUGAAGGGGAAUUACUAGAUGAGCUUAGAAGUCACGAACACCUAGAUUUUAGAAACCCUGAAGUCAACUGAUAUUUAGUUAGAUAAAAUAUUCUUAGAAAUUAAAAUAGAGAAAAAAUAAGAUAAAAUAGAAAAAGCCCAUAUAGCUUGGAUUGUUGUGCCGGGUACUAUUUCAAGCACUAUGGCAUUUACUGUUUCCACUGGAUACAUUUUGAUAUGGAAAUUAAGGGAAUAAUUUCAAAACUAGGAAACAAUGAUCAGAUCUGUCACUAAACGUGUUAUUGUGUUAAUGGCCAGAUAAAACAGCAACAAUUAAUAACCUUUCAGAAAGGUGUUGAAUUUACAGGGAAAUGUCUUUUUUCUCUCGGGUAAAAAUGUAAAAUUUAUAAUAGAUAAUUAGAAAAGACAAAUAGUUAGCGCUAUAAAGAAGAAAAAAAGCAGCUUUUAAAUAUGAACUCGAAACCUAAAAAAAGUUUGUUUGAUAUAUUUUAUCGUUAAAUUAUUUUGAAAUUUUAUGCUUUUUGCGAACGUUUUUUGGAGCUUGGUAUGAUUAUGCUGAACGUUUGAGUCCUUCAGUAUGUGUCCUGAAAAAGUGUACAGUUUUAAAUGCUUAUAAUUAUAAAAGUAAAAUACAACAGAUAAAGGUUCUUGGAGCCAUGAUUGCAAAUGUAAGCCCCUCCGGAUAUACAUGCUUAGGUUGCUUUUCCUCACAUCGUGAAAUAGUUUAAUAGUGUACAUAAGAGUGAAAUAAAGUCGUAUAAUAAGUUUCCCUGUUAGCA